AUGGCUGAAGGUGUUUUCCAAGGUGCUAUCGGUAUCGAUUUGGGUACCACUUACUCUUGUGUUGCUACUUACGAGUCCUCUGUUGAGAUUAUUGCCAACGAGCAAGGUAACAGAGUUACUCCUUCGUUCGUUGCAUUCACCCCAGAGGAGAGAUUGAUCGGUGAGGCUGCCAAGAACCAAGCUGCUUUGAACCCAGAGAACACCGUCUUCGAUGCCAAGCGUUUGAUCGGUAGAAGAUACGAUGAGGAGUCUGUUCAAAACGACAUGAAGACUUGGCCUUUCAAGGUGAUCGAUGUCGACGGUUCUCCAGUCAUCGAGGUGCAGUACUUGGGCGAGACCAAGACUUUCUCCCCACAGGAAAUCUCUGCUAUGGUGUUGACCAAGAUGAAGGAGAUCGCCGAGGCCAAGAUUGGCCAAAAGGUUGAGAAGGCUGUUAUUACCGUUCCAGCUUACUUCAACGAUGCUCAAAGACAGGCCACCAAAGAUGCAGGUUCCAUUGCUGGUUUGAACGUCUUGCGUAUCAUCAACGAACCAACCGCCGCUGCCAUUGCUUACGGUUUGGGUGCUGGUAAGUCCGACAAAGAAAGACACGUGUUGAUCUUCGAUUUGGGUGGUGGUACUUUCGAUGUCUCCUUGCUGCACAUCGCUGGUGGUGUCUACACCGUCAAGUCCACUUCCGGUAACACUCACUUGGGUGGUCAAGAUUUCGACACCAACUUGUUGGAACACUUCAAGGCUGAGUUCAAGAAGAAGACCGGUAGCGACAUCUCAAACGACGCUAGAGCUUUGAGAAGAUUGAGAACUGCUGCUGAAAGAGCUAAGAGAACCUUGUCCUCUGUUACUCAAACCACCGUUGAAGUUGACUCUUUGUUCGACGGUGAAGACUUUGAGACUUCUAUCACCAGAGCUAGAUUCGAAGACUUGAACUCCUCUCUAUUUAAAUCUACCUUGGAACCAGUCGAACAAGUAUUGAAGGAUGCUAAGAUCUCCAAGUCUCAAAUUGACGAAGUUGUCUUGGUCGGUGGUUCUACCAGAAUUCCAAAGGUUCAAAAAUUGUUGUCUGACUUCUUCGAAGGUAAGCAGUUGGAGAAAUCUAUCAACCCAGAUGAAGCCGUUGCUUACGGUGCCGCUGUUCAAGGUGCUAUCUUGACUGGUCAAUCUACCAACGAUGAGACCAAGGACUUGCUAUUGUUGGAUGUUGCUCCAUUGUCUUUGGGUGUCGGUAUGCAAGGUGACAUUUUCGGUAUUGUUGUCCCAAGAAACACUACCGUCCCAACCAUCAAGAGAAGAACUUUCACAACUGUUGCUGACCACCAGACCACCGUUCAAUUCCCAGUUUACCAAGGUGAACGUGUCAACUGUAAAGAAAACACUUUGUUGGGUGAAUUCGACUUGAAGAACAUUCCUCCAAUGGCUGCUGGUGAACCAGUUCUAGAAGCCAUCUUCGAAGUUGACGCUAAUGGUAUCCUAAAGGUCACCGCCGUUGAGAAGUCUACCGGUAAGUCCGCUAACAUCACCAUCUCCAACGCCGUCGGUAGAUUGUCUUCCGAAGACAUUGAAAAGAUGGUUAACCAAGCUGAAGAAUUCAAGGCCGCUGAUGAAGCUUUCGCCAAGAGACACGAAGCUAGACAAAGAUUGGAGUCCUACGUUGCAUCCAUCGAACAAAACGUCACUGACCCUGUCUUGUCUUCUAAGUUGAAGAGAGGUGCCAAGUCCAAGAUCGAAGCCGCUUUGUCUGAUGCUUUGGCUGCUUUGGAAAUUGAAGACGCCUCCACCGAUGACUUGAGAAAGGCUGAAGUCGGUUUGAAGAGAGUCGUUACCAAGGCUAUGUCUUCCCGCUAA